CCAGUAUAUAGUUAUCUGUCAUCUGCUUUGGUUAUCUGUGGUUGUUGUAUUGUAAUAACCUGUGUGUAGAAUUGGUGUAGAAUGCGUUACAAAAUAAUAUAAAAAUAAAUUAAAAGUGAAAUUAAUUUCGAUUACAUUUAAUAUGUGUGCGGCGAUUGCGACGAAAAUGGACUCCAACUUAACUAGUAUGUGGGUGAACUUCUUCACGGCGGCUGGUAUUCCGUCCGACGUUUCUGCUACUUACGCACUGACUUUCACCGAGAACCGCAUCCAGAAUGACAUGCUCUUGGACCUCAACAAGGAGUACUUACGAGACAUGGGGAUUACAAGAAUGGGAGAUGUUAUUGCCAUCUUGAGGCAUGCCAAACAAGUACAUGAGAAUACAGCCCGGGACCGCGUCCUCAGUUCUGCUGCGCCCCCCAAAGUACCCGUUGCUGCUGUCACUGGCCGAGCAACUGUGUCAUCACAGCCAUCCUCACCGGCCAGCCGCAUAUUGGAGCACUACACGCGCAAUCCACAAGUGCAGGAGGCACCUCCCAUUUCUCAACUCAAAAGAAAAGCUCUGGACAUUGGGACUGACGACAUCAAUUUGAAAAAGUCGCGGCUGAUACGCUUCGCUCCUGCGCAGCAAACAGUAGUCAAAGAAGGUUCUUCUAAAACAGUUUUCGCUCGACUCGGCAACUCUGAAUCGGGGAAAGUAUCGCCAGUCACCACAAAGGCCUCAGUGAAGCCAAUUUAUGCUCGCCUUGGCUCGAAAGCCGACAAGGAAGAGGACGAUCAAGCUAUACCGAUAGAAAAGGACGCGCUAAAGUAUGCUGGCAUUCUCAAGAGUACAGUUGAUGUCUCUAAAAAGGUUUUUACAGUCACUACAUCCAAGAAUAACGUUAGGAAAAUAGCGGUUGGUACUAUGAGGGCUGAUGAGGCUCCAGUUAGUGUGAAAACUAAACUGGCCAAACCCAAAUCAGUAAAGUUCUCGAACCAAAUCCAGUAUAAAGAAAUAGAUUCCGUUCAGCUCCAUCAGAAAGCAGUGCAGAAUCCUGUGCAGAAUCCUGUGCAGAAGUUUACACCAGUGUUUAAUAAACCUGAAAGGAGACUGUCAAUGCCACCCAUAGCCAGCAAUGGAAUUAAAGCUAGGUUAGGCCACAAGAAUACAAAUAACUUGACAAUAACGAAGAAUGUUUUCAAUAGACUGGGUGUUUGAUCUGAGAGAUAAAUGUGGAGGUGAUUGUUUGGCUGACGUAACAUUCUGUGACUGCAGUGCAUGAACGAUAUAUUUACGUGAUUAAUAUUCGGCCGUGAGGCGCACUCGCCCGUCAUCCUGCGAUAAUGUAAUUAAUUGUUGUACAGACAGUGGUUAGUCCUACUUGUGUUGACUUGUGUGAGUUUAAAGAGCACUUAGGGUGGCAUGGAGCCAUGCCGUGCUCUCAGACAACAGCCGCAAUAGUUGUGUAUACAUAUAUUCUAAUAUCACUUUCUUACGCAUUUACUUAUAGUAAACCUUGACUUAUCAUAUAAUCAUUUUGACUUAUAAGUUACUUUAUUUUUUUAGUGAACUUUGAUCAUUAUAACAACAAGAUACACAAUCAGGAAAAACCCAAAUAACCUGGCCACUUGGGUGUGGGCAAGCAAAGUUUGUGCUCUUAAUUAAUAAUUGAAAUAAAAAACAAAUAUUAUCAUGUUAAUGGGUAAAUACAGGAAAGUACUACUUAGUAGGUAGGUACUGUAAUAAAUAAUUGCAUAUUACUAAAUACACAAGUCUGGCGUAAAUUUAAUGGCGCAACAACAAAGGUACCUAACAGAGCUAUAUAAUAAUAAUCCAAGUCACAUGUACACUUUCAACUACAGUAAUUAUUAGUCAGUCUCGAAAAAGUACAUCUGUGUACCAGUCAUUUAAUUCUUAUAGCUGCAAAUCCUUCCGUUUUUGUCCAAAUCUUAAUACGUAUAAGUUUUUGAGAAAGUAAAAUAACUGAAUAACUGUUUCAUUUUGAUCAAUUAGUUGAUCAUUACCGAACGUAAUGAAAGAAAAUCUGUACUAGGCUAGUCAAGGCGAGUAAUACUAUUAGACCGCUGCUGGUCCUCCAUUUACUACGUGAUUUCUUAAAUGAAUAGUAGAAGUAACGACAGCUUUCCAUGAGCUUUGUGUGACAGCUCGUUGUGGUGUCUGAAUUUAUUAUACGUCAAAUAGCAUACAUAUUUUUGUUGGAUUAUGUCAUAAAAUUCCAAUAUUAUGUAUAGGUACCGUGCAGGUACAUAUAGGUAUGGGGUGUGAUUAUUUUUAACCAUUUUAUGGUUUUAUAAUAUUUGGUUGCCCGAGGAAAUUACACAUUUGUGCACAAAUAUUGUAUAUUGAAUGGGACUCUUGCUUUGGUGCAAACGCAAGUCGAGCAGAGUGUCGCGACGUGCAACACUGCGCCAUUGCUGCUCCUGCUGGUGAAUACAGUUAUGAAUGGAUAUUAGAUAUAGUCGUUUGUUUAGACUAGCAUUCUACAAAUACUACAUUGGAGGUCACUUUUAAGCUUAUUUUUGUGCCGGAUUGUGUAUCUAGUAUUUUAAUGACGAAAGUUAGUGGGCGACAAUUCAAUAUUAAUUCUCUCAGUUAUUGACUAAUUUGAUUAUGAUUGUUGAUAUACUUACUCUGGGGAAAUAUCCUUAUGCAUGUAUAGUCACGCAUAAGGAUUUUCCAUGCAGCAUUUUUGGAACGAUACAAAAAUAUAGUAGUUAGAAGUAGUCAUAAUACUGUCUAGCAAAACCAAAUACGUUGGUACAAAAAGGAUAGAACAUUUUGUAAGUCAAACGACAUUCAAUAGAAAUAUCAGAGAAUGUUGGCUGACGCGUCAAGCCAGCAUUAAUGUUUGUUUAAGAAUCUCUUUCAUCAAGUUCGCGUCUGUAGAGGCAACAAAACUUUUGUACAUUCAAAUUUCCUUGUUAUCUUUUACUAUAAAAUGUAUAUUUUUCUACUACUGGACAAUUUCAAUAUCGCGAUAUUAUGGUGCUAAACCUUAGGACAUUUUCUGUUGAUAAAUAAACAAAUAUAAAACGUGUUUGAUUCUAACAUAUUAUUAUUGCAGUUUGACAUUUCUUUAUCCUAAUUUAAUAUUCCCGGUACACAGUUAUCCUAGUUUAGAUAUGUACGUAUUUAACUGGCGGAGCAUAAUAUGAAAAUGAUUCAUUUUUAAAUUAUGAAAAUCGUCGAAAUAGUCGGCUUGCGUUACGUCGCGGAGUGCGUGAGUGCUUGUUUUAGGGUCGGUAAGUCCUUUAUGCGAUUGUAUAGAAGUAACGCACACUCCAAUGCUGUAAACUUGCACCUAAGCGAGUUCGUGAAACGUUGACAUAUUAUGGGAUGGGUGCGGGUUCAGACGCAAGGUACGACGCCGUGUGUCACGGGUACCGAGGUUUUGUAAAAAUCAAAUAAAUUGCGUCGGAGCCGCCGUGAACCCACAAAACGCAUCGCACGCACCCUCCGCACGAGUAUUAGCCGUAGCGUAGUCAUUAACCGACUUCUUUCCUUAUUUUAAUUAAUAAUUUAACUUGUGUUAUUUUUAUGAACCUAAAUAUGAAAUUAAAUAAUUUAUAUAAUAUUUGAAGCUUUUCAUUUGAAGACGUAUUCCCAAAAACGGCAAAUGGAAGUGUUUGAUACAGGUAGGUGGGGUACGUUAGGUUAGGACUGUAAUUAGCACAGAAAUCG